CCGAUAUUUCAAAAUUUGCCGCCACGUGGUGCGAUUAACAAAGUGUCGAACUUUUACCAACGAUCGGUAACGCGAGAGUGACCAAAGUCCAAAAUACUGUGGGCACGCUAUGACGCGGCGUUGUGACCUAUGUUAUCUGGGUGUAUGCAAAUGGCGGAGCUUACAUCUAAAGAUGACUGAUCUGUCGCAUACCUACUUACAAGAGAUCGUGAAUCGAAUUUAUUUUUCGCAUUGAGCUGACAAAGAAGUACGACGAACACGAUACGAUACCUAUAUACCGUCCGACAAAGGCUAUACCUACACAAAAUACCGCGAAACCAGGAGGACGGACUCUUAUCGAGAAGAAGCAAGGGAGAAGUAUAGUUCAAACGCCCGGAAUCCACGAUGACCACAGCAAAAUAUAAGAUAGUGGAGUUCAGUGACCAUUCAAUGUCGGUUGUGCCAACAUUUUGGUUGCACAACCAUGAUAAAUGUUGUUAUUGGCCACCAUACAAAGGACAAUUGAAAGUUGACAGAGCAGUUAUCGAGAUGGAGAAUCCUGAUAAGAAAAAGUGGAGCAAUUAUAACGUGAUAAAAGUACGCGGACAAGCAAGUGACUAUCAAGAAGCACUUGACAACUUGAAGCUACUAGUCACUACUUCCGAUGCUGAUGAUAUAAUAAAAGAUGCUAGUGCUUACAAAUCAACGCGGCAAAAACGCGCUAGGAAGAAGAGUAAAAGUUCUAGUGAAGACUCGGAGAAAAAUACCCCAGAAAAACGACCUGUUAAACGGUUUAAAACAAUUAAAGAAAACAAAACUUCAGAUAAACAAUCUAAGGAUCACAACAGUAGUGAUACGUUUUCGGAAAAAAAUGAUUCCGAGAUUGAAACACCACCACAAUUAAAUGUUAAUUUCCAAUCUCAAAAUGAUGAUGGAAAAGAACCUUCGCCAUUAAAUAUACGUUCAACUUCAACAAUCCUGAAAGACAUCGCAAAUGGUAUUGCUUCGAGGAGUAAUUCGCCAGAGAUUACAAAUCCUACAAAUACUGCAGGUGUAGAAAAUGAAACACCCAAAGGUAGAAGAUAUAAUGAAAAAGAAAAGGAUGCCGUGCUAAGCAUUGGCAAGGAUGCUGUUGUAGCAAACAUCGAAGAUCGACGAACAAGUAAACAAACACAGGAAUCUGAUGGUGAUCAAACUCCUAUAAAGUCACGCCUCCCCCCAAGAAGUUCAAGAGUAUUAACGCGAGAUGAAGAAAUAGAGAAUCGUUAUGCCAAAUCUAUAAGUCAAAUAGAAACCAAAGCUGGAGAAGAUGAAGGAGCAUUAAAUAUAGCAUACUUUAAAGAAAUAAUAUAUCUAUUGAGUAAGCAAAGCACAGAGAUUGAAGAAAUUAAGCGGCAACGUUUUGAUUCAUCUAAAAAAUGUCGUUCUGGUAAAACAAAAAAGUUUGACUGGUCAACAGUUUUACCAUUUAAGGAUGCGGGGACGUUUGAAGCAUAUAGCAAGAAGAUUGAAAAGGAUUCAGAAAUCGAAGAAAGCUUGAUAGAACUAUUAAAAUGUCUCGGUGGUCGAGAUGAUCGUAUUAAAACAAAUACGAUUAUGGAAAAGAUAAUGACAGAUAGCUUGGGUUCAAAGUACAGUUGGAAGGGCCAGAAAGGGAAAGAGAAAUUACAAGAUUUAAAAAUUGCUCAAGUUAUGUUGGGCACAAUAUUACAAGUAACGACAGAAACUUAUACAGAAACGGAUGCUAGAGGACAAAUUGGAAGUUGGUUGGCUGGCCGUAAAGCUAAACUAGAUCGUGAAAAAGAGAAGGAACAAAGUUAAAUAAUUAUAGAGUUGUUGAAAGUUUUGAAAACUUCUAGAUUUAAGUGUAGAUUAUAUGCGCAGAUAUCGUUUUGAUACGAUUUGAUUUAAAGUACAAUUUUUAUUUGUUUUCGAUUCAAAGUUUUGACUUUGACGAUAAAGAUUAACGUUUUAAAACGUUCUUAUUGUUGAGCACGUAGCAUUGAGUAAAUAAGUAAGCGUUUUUUUUUCUAAAUUUCUCAGUGCAGUAUUACGAGUUCGUAAAAAAUUGAAUGAUUAUAGAGUUAUUAUUUUUAAAAGCUUUGAAAAUUUCUAGAUUACAAUUUAAGGUGUAUAUAAUAUGCGCAGGUAUCGUUUUUAUACGAUUUGAUAUAAAGUAAAAAUUUUUAUUUUUUGUUUGUGUUUCAAAGUUUUGACUUUGACGAUAAAGAUUGACGUUAAAAAAAUUUUCUUAUUGUUCAUAACAUUAAGAAAAUAAGUAUUAUUAAAAAAAAAGUAAGCGUUUUUUUUCUAGAUUUCUCAUUGCAGUAUUACGAGUUAUUAUAGAACUAUAUAUAGAAACUGAUGCUAUAAACUAGAUCACGGAAAAAAGAAUGAACAAAAUUGAUUCAUUAUGGAUUUGUUUGCUAACGAGCAUAAUAACGAUCCGUAUACUUCUUUCUUUAAUUUUUCUUUUAGAAUAACUUUACGCGGAACUAAGUUUUCUCGCCGUAACAAGUAAAUUUCUGCGGUUGCAUUCAAAAACAAGAAAAAGUGCAUUUUAUAACUGAUUUUCCCAAAUAAAUUCUCUACAAAGAU